AUGGGCGACAUCACCGACCAACACGAGCAGACCUCUCCUACCGACGUCGCCGAAUCGCACUCGGUAGGAAACGGCAAUUCCGCCCCGAACGAGUCUCGCGGUAUCAAGCGUCAGCGCGGCAGCGCCGACGACGACGAGGAUGAGGAUGAGAAGGGCGGACGCGAGCGACGUAAGAUUGAGAUUAAGUUCAUCAGCGAUAAGUCGCGUCGCCACAUUACCUUCUCGAAGCGAAAGGCCGGUAUCAUGAAGAAGGCUUAUGAGCUUUCUGUUCUCACUGGCACGCAAGUUCUUCUCCUCGUCGUAUCAGAGACCGGCUUAGUGUACACCUUCACGACACCAAAGCUCCAACCCCUUGUUACGAAGGCCGAGGGCAAGAACCUCAUCCAGGCAUGCCUCAACGCCCCCGAGCCAACUCCCGGCAACGAGAACGGUGUCGACGACGCGAAUCAGGUCGAGUCGCCCGAAGAGCCCACCGGUCAGCACCUCCCUCCCCAACAGCAACGACCCGGAAUGCCUGGAGGCCACCACUUGCCUCCCAAUUAUAUGCCCGCCGCCGUCCCGAUGGACCCGAUGGCCUAUCAAGGUUAUGUCCAGAGAGGUGGUCCGCCCGCGCCUUACGGUAUGCCGCCCCAGCCAGGCAUGCCGCAGCAUACGGGCCAUCAAUCGUGA